UAAUGUAACAUUAAAAUCACACAAAGCGCUCACUGAUUACCAAUCCAUUGUUUUUGGACUCCACACAAGCCUCAAACACCCUCUUCUCUCUCUCUCUCUCUCUCUCUCUGCAAAACCACCCUCUUCCUUGCCACGAAUCUCUGCCAAGCAGCGCGUAACUCAACAUAUCAACCAAAGACCUGUCUCUGAAUCUGAACCUUGCUGUCAACAAAAGGUUGUGGACAACAAUUUUUGCUGAUAUUUGAAGCAUCUGGCAGCUAAUAAAAAUGAAGAUUGACCAUCCUACAAAACGGAAGUGUAGAGCUAUAUGCACCUGAUGAACGCGAAAUCAGGAAGAGUUUGGAAGCAUUUUUGCAACUACAAAAUUUGAUCACCCUUAUUCUCUAAUCAAUAUCUCUCAGCUGAGCAGAUAAUUUCGUUUUAGAUGCAAACGUCCCAGAAACACCCAACUUCAUCCGGUAUCCAUUUAUACCACCAGCCUGUGCAAAACAUCGAUCCCUACACUCGUUACCAAGUAUUGCAAAGCAAUUCUUGCCAUGAAAUCCAUGAUAGCAACAGUCAGGGAACCACUAUCUCGUUCGAACCCUGCAAGGAGCAAUACUUUACCCUUGAAUCAUCCCCACCACUCAAUGAUCUCAUAGGUUGUGAUUCUCCUUCCUAUGCUAGUGCAUCGUCCAGUUCCAAUAGGAGUCCUUUUUCUCCACAUGUUUCUCAUUCAUACCAUUCAGACCAGCAUCAGUCAUCUGACAACAACUAUGGAUCACCAACAAGUGCACACUCUAGUGCUGAUGAUAGCUACGAGCUGAAGCACAAGCUGAGAGAACUCGAGAUUUCACUGUUGGGGCCUGAUUCAGGUAUUGUUGACAGUUGUCAGUGCUGCUACGAGGGUGGCCACCACGGAGCAUCGUCAAUGGCUAAAUACAAUUGGGAUCAGGUUGUAGAAAUGAUUCCAAAACUAGACUUGAAAGAAGUCCUGAACCGGUGUGCACAGGCUGUGUCCGAUGGUGAUAUUGAAACAGCGGUGGGAUUUAUGAAUAAUGUAUUGCCAAAGAUGGUAUCAGUGGGGGGUGACCCAAUCCAGAGGCUAGGGGCCUACAUGUUGGAGGGUCUAAGAGCAAGGUUGGAGUCUUCGGGGAGCCUAAUCUACAAAGCCUUGAAAUGUGAACAACCAGCAGGAAAAGAUCUCAUGAGUUACAUGCACAUCUUGUACCAGAUUUGCCCAUAUUUUAAGUUUGCUUAUGUCUCUGCGAAUGCUGUCAUUGGAGAAGCAAUGGUAAAUGAAUCAAGAAUCCACAUAAUUGACUUCCAAAUUGCACAGGGCACUCAGUGGAUGCUGCUUAUCCAUGCUCUCGCGUCUCGUCCUGGUGGACCACCUUUCAUUCGUGUAACUGGUGUCGAUGAUUCCGAAUCCUUUCAUGCAAGAGGAGGAGGACUUGACAUUGUAGGAAAACGCCUCUCAGAUUAUGCCAAAUCUCGUGGAGUUCCAUUUGAGUUCCACAGUGCUGCAAUGUCUGGAUGCGAGGUUGAACUAGAAAACCUCGUGGUUGUACCGGGGGAAGCUCUGGCUGUGAAUUUCCCUUAUGUUUUGCACCACAUGCCAGAUGAGAGUGUGAGCACAGAGAACCACAGGGACAGGCUAUUAAGACUGGUCAAGAGCUUGUCACCCAAGGUUGUGACCCUUGUUGAGCAAGAAUCCAACACCAACACUUCCCCAUUUUUCCAGAGGUUUGUUGAGACCUUGAGUUAUUACAGUGCAAUGUUUGAGUCCAUAGACGUGGCCCUGCCCAGAGAGGAUAAGCAGAGGAUCAGUGCUGAACAACACUGCGUGGCUCGUGACAUUGUUAACAUGAUAGCUUGUGAGGGCCCUGAGAGGGUGGAAAGGCAUGAACUUUUGGGGAAGUGGAGGUCAAGAUUUUCAAUGGCUGGUUUUGCAGCAUGGCCUUUGAGUUCCUCGGUCACUAAUGCAGUUAGAAAUAUGUUAAGAGAAUUCAAUGGAAAUUAUAGGUUAGAACAUAGAGAUGGUGCGCUCUAUUUAGGAUGGAAGAGAAGAGCCCUGUCCACAUCUUCUGCCUGGAGAUGUUACUGAUUCACUGUCAUACAUCUAUCUAUGUCUGCAUCUUCUUCUCCUUCUUCCUUCUUUUUCUUUUUCAUUAUCAUUUACUCAUUUUUCUCUAGUAUCACCAUUUUAUCAACACGAGGACUAGCUAUCAAGAUAGUUAUGUAUAUUUCGAGAA